ACAAAAUAUAGCCUUCGCUUGUUCCUGUUUUUGAGAAACAGAGCAGAAUAGCAGAGUUGAGUUUUCCAAACUUCCCUCCAUGACUGAGCCCCAAAAUCCUAAUUCUGCUCCGAACCAUCUUCCGCCCCCUCCUCCAUCCUCCGGAGAUUCAGGCAAAUUCAUCGACGGCGCCGCCACUUCCUCAAGCCAGAAGGUCCGCUACCCGAAUCCACCCGACUUAUCGAACCCGGACCCGGCAACCCUGAGGGACCAAUGGAGGUUUGCCAUUCGGCAGUACAGCAAAUGGUACUCGCAUGCCUGGGGCACCGCCAUUCUCGCCGGGGUCUCGUUCUUCGCCCUUGGAUGGAUCAUCAAGGGCUCCAACCCCUUGCCAUCCAGGCACGAUGAUUCCCCUGCAUCUUCAUCGUCUGAUUCGCGCGAACCUGAGCGAUGAUGAUCAUGCUUUCAUCGCAGGUUAGUCGGUUUAUAUUUUUCUUCUCAAUUGAAUGAUUUGGGUGUUGAUGCUCUAGAUUGGCAAAUUGGGUUUUUGUAUGUGAGGGUGUUUCAUGCACUCAAGGGUUUUAAGAUAGUUAGACUGCUGGUUUGGAUGUGUUUGUAUGUGCGGGUUUAUUUAUUUUUACUGGAUAUGUGAUUGGCUAUUAUUUUUUCCUUCAUAAUUUAAGAUUGGGUUGAGAUUUUAAGGUUUGAUUGUUAGUCGGGGGUUUGUAUUUCGUAAGCUGAAAGUGGGAUUCGUUUGACGGGGAAGCUUAGGACUUGGAAGAAAAAACCCCACUUGAAACGGAUGGUAGAAUAAAUACGAGGUCAGCUUGUUUUAACAUUGAAUGCAUUCAUUUUUAUUGGUUGUAUGGGUUUAUUCCAAACUACAAAGUCAUUGCUCUUUAUUAUGCUGGCAGUGAGAUUUUCUGAAGGGCAGAGGAAUGUUGUGGUCAUAAUACUAUGAAAUGAAAUAUGUUAUAUUUA